UUUUUUUGUUUUGAAUGAAAGAAGUUGGAACAAUUGGAAUUAUUGGUGUGCACGAGUGCGAAGAAGGGUGAAGAAAAAGAAGAAGAAUUAGAUAGUAUAUUGUCUUUUGUUUAACGAGGAAUGUUGGUUGAUACAUCAUGAACGGAGCAACGUCGGUCACGACUUCGGAGGAACACCAGCAUCAGCAUCAGCAACCGCAAAACGAUCCAUCUCAGGAACAUCCGAGAAGUCCCACCAGUCCUUUGAGUAUUCGACACGAUUCAGGCGAGAGCAGUGUAAUCUCCCCAGGAUUACCAGAACGAUACAGUCCUCUUGGGGCGACAGGAUCGACCUCGAGUCACGAUCCUUACGCUUCGAGGUCUGUCCAAGAAUGUCCUGUUCCUCUUUGCAGAGGAAUACCGACUGAUUUCCCUCUCGCGAGAUCACCCUAUUUAACCGCCCUUGGUAACGGCCAUCCUCAUCUGUUGGGCCAAGUUCAGCAACAGCAGCAGCAGCAGCAACAACAGCAGCAGCAACAACAGCAAUUGCAACCGCAACAUGGCAGUAAACCACCGCGAAGCCUCGGUUUGAUAUGCGUGGUCUGCGGUGAUACUAGCUCCGGCAAACAUUACGGAAUUCUCGCUUGCAACGGAUGUAGUGGAUUCUUCAAACGAAGCGUCAGACGGAAGUUGAUAUACAGAUGUCAAGCCGGUACCGGAAGAUGUGUCGUGGACAAAGCUCAUCGAAACCAGUGUCAAGCGUGCCGUUUGAAGAAAUGUAUGCAGAUGGGGAUGAAUAAAGACGCGGUACAGAAUGAACGGCAACCCAGAAACACUGCCACCAUUAGACCAGAGGCUCUCGUCGAGAUGGACCAGGAACGAGCGCUUCGAGAGGCAGCGGUCGCCGUCGGUGUCUUUGGACCACCUGUGUCUUUGGCCAUGGCGAGAUACACGACACCACUGCCUUUACCCACCGUUGCCCCGACGACAAAUUCGACGAACCCUCCGACACCACCUCGACAGGAUAACGAAGAUGGAAAUGCAUCCGAGGAUAGUAUAGACGUAACGAACGAGGAACCAUUGACACCCCAAAGGAGCGGUUGCACGCAAAUUCCGCCUGUGAUCCCCUCCUUGUACUCGCCUGCAAGUGCUGAAACGGUCUACGAAACCAGUGCUAGAUUGCUCUUCAUGGCUGUAAAGUGGGCCAAGAAUCUUCCGUCUUUCGCGAGUUUGCCUUUCAGGGAUCAGGUGAUACUACUAGAAGAGGCCUGGUCAGAGCUUUUCCUUCUGAACGCAGUGCAGUGGUGCCUUCCACUUGAAUCAUCGCCCCUAUUCAACUCCGCGGAAUUGACUGCUUUGACAUUAUCACCCCAUCCUCACCCCCAUUCCGGAAUCCAUAUGCAAACCACGACGGGUAAACCGAGUCAGGUGGCAGCGGAUGUGAGGCAUUUGCACGAUACCUUGCAGAGAUAUAAGGCUGUCAUGGUUGAUCCUGCUGAAUUCGCCUGUAUGAAAGCCAUAGUAUUAUUUCGACCAGAGACCCGUGGUUUAAAGGAUUCGAGUCAGAUAGAAAAUCUGCAGGACCAAGCCCAAGUGAUGUUGGGCCAACACGCCAGAGCGCAGCAACCAGGUAGCCCGGCAAGAUUCGGCAGGUUACUGCUGUUGCUUCCAUUGCUGAGGACAGUGCCUGCCUCCAGGGUGGAAUUGAUAUAUUUUCACAGAACAAUCGGCAACACUCCAAUGGAGAAAGUCUUGUGCGAUAUGUAUAAAAAUUAAAAAAAAAAAAAAAAA